CCUCGAGGCGAUGCGCUCUGAGCUUUCUUCUCCAUUUCUGCUGUCAUGUACUUCAUUCAAUUCAGUGGGAUUAAUUGAAGCUAAGUCAGUUAUUGUGUUAGAGACCGUUUUGUGGCGUGAGCUCAGACUUUCGGGGAGAAAUAUUCAACAGUAUAAGAGAUGAAGCUGCGGUGGCGCUGGACAUGUCUCCUGCUCUUGUCCAUCGUUGUAGUAACAUGGGCCCAUGAGGAUGAGCUGGAGGAUGAUGAAGAGGCACAAGUGGAGGAUGGAGAGGUGGACUCCGAGGCGGACAGCAGUGAAGUACAAGCUGAUGCUAACAUCUCUUUCCAGGUCACAUAUAAGACUCCUGUACCCACUGGUGAGGUUUUCUUCUCUGAAACAUUCGACGACGGAUCUUUCGGCAGAUGGAUAAAAUCCAGGACAAUGAAAGAGGAUGCAGAUGAGGAUAUUGCUAAAUAUGAUGGUAAAUGGGAGGUGGAGCCUCUGAAGGAGAACAAAGUGCCUGGUGACCUGGGUUUAGUGCUGAAGUCUCGUGCAAAGCAUCACGCCAUCGCAGCUCCUCUCAACAAACCAUUCGUCUUCAAGAACAAGCCACUCGUGGUGCAGUAUGAAGUCAAUUUUCAAGAUGGUAUUGACUGCGGUGGUGCCUACAUCAAAUUACUGUCUGACUCCCCCAACCUCGACUUGGAGCAGUUUCAUGACCGUACACCAUACACCAUCAUGUUCGGACCUGAUAAGUGUGGAGAAGACUACAAACUGCACUUCAUCUUUAGGCAUAAAAACCCUCUGAAUGGAGAUUUUGAGGAGAAACAUGCCAAGAGGCCUGACACAGACCUCAGAAAGGUGUACUCAGACAAGAAAACACACCUUUACACACUGGUUCUGAAUCCAGACAAUACGUACGAGAUAUUUAUUGACCAGUCCAGUGUUAGUAAAGGAAGCCUGUUGACUGAUGUGAUUCCACCUGUAAACCCAGCCAAAGAGAUUGAUGAUCCCAACGACUCUAAACCAAGUGACUGGGAUGAGCGAGCUAAGAUUCCUGACCCAGAAGCAGUCAAGCCUGAUGACUGGGAUGAAGAUGCCCCUGCAACAGUGCCUGAUCCAGAUGCAGUGAAACCUGAGGGCUGGCUGGACGAUGAGCCUGAGUUUAUCCCAGAUUCUACAGCUGAGAAACCUGAAGACUGGGAUGAGGAGAUGGAUGGUGAAUGGGAAGCUCCUCAGGUUCCUAACCCUGUGUGUCAAACUGCUCCUGGCUGUGGCGAGUGGAAACCUCCCACCAUCAAUAACCCCAAGUACAAGGGUAAAUGGAAGGCUCCGCUAAUCGACAACCCCAACUACCAGGGUGUGUGGAGCGCACAGAAGAUCCCAAAUCCGGACUAUUUUGAAGAUCUGGAUCCGUUUAAGAUGACCCCAUUCCGGGCUGUGGGACUGGAGCUGUGGUCCAUGACAUCUGACAUCUACUUUGAUAACUUUAUCAUUAGCGCAGAUAAAGAGGUGGCAGACCGCUGGGCUGCAGAUAGCUGGGGGCUCAAAAAACUGGUGGCUAGUGCAAAUGAGCCGGGGGUGUUUAGUCAGCUGGCGUUGGCGGCGGAGGAGAGACCAUGGCUGUGGAUAGUCUAUAUUCUGACUGUUGGACUGCCGGUUGGCCUGGCUGUUCUUUUUUGCUGGCCUAAGAAGUCCGAUGAUGAUUACGUCUAUAAGAAAAUCGAUCCACCCAAAAGGGAAGAGGUAGAAGAAGAAGAAGAAGAGGAGGAGGAGGAGGAGGAGGAAGAAGAGGGAGAAGAGGAAGAGCAGGAGAAAGAAAAGCAAGAGGACACAGUUGAUGCAGAGGAAGAUGCUGAACCAACUGCAGACAAUACAGGCAGAACCGAUGAGGAAGGUGAAGAAGCUGAAGAAGAAGCUCCAGAGGAGGAAGAGGAAACCAGUAAAUCGAACGACAUGCCUUCAGAUGAUGAGAUGAAGGAUGCGGAUGAAGGACUCGACAGCACUGAUGGACAGAAACAGGCUGUGAGGAAAAGAAGAGUACGGAAGGACUGAAGGGCCUGUUUCCUAUCCUUUUUUCCCCUCCACUGUUCCCUUUUCUCUUUCUUCCUUUUCUCGCCCUCUCUGCCUCUUUAAAUGCUGCAUGCCCCUGGCUUUGUGACAACCACAGGCUCCACCAACUCCACCAGAGCUCCUACUUCUCUUUCCCAUUAUCUUAGUCUUCCUCUCCACCAGUAGUUUAUAUAUGGGUUUACUCUUUCAAUUUAGCCAUACCAAUGAAGACUCUGCUGUAUUUCCUCACCAGAGGACCGAAUAAGUAGCAUUGAGCACCGAGACCAGAUUUGACAUCUGACUGUGCACUUAAUGACAUGAAGGGUAAGAAAGAAAGGAAAAAAAAAAAAGAUGCACUCAAAUGGAAAUCAUUUCAAACCCGACAUUACGUUUGUGAUUAUUUCAAAAAGUGUUCUUUAACUUAUUUAAAAGGAGUUAGCACCAGGUUUGUGAGUUUUAAGUUAUUCAGUUUUUAGCUUUAUUUGUUUAAAAGAAAGUGCACUGGACAUAUUUAUUAUUUGUAUGUUGUUUAGAAGAACAAUCUUGCUUUCUGUAGUAAUCGCUCUUAGUUUAUAGUUUGACUUGAGAAUCUGUUUUUACACAGAAACCGACAACGCUUUACGACUCGGCAAACGAUAGACAUCUUUUAAAACAUGGCCGUCGGAUGUAAUUCUCUUUAUAAAGAUAUAUUUCACAUAGAGAGCUCAUUAUUCUACACCAAUCCAGUGAGGUUACAGAAGAAAAUGCAAGCAAAGCUGAUGUGAGCAACUAAAAGGGAAUUCCAGUGUUAAUCACAUGUGGACCAAAAAAAAAAUAUAUAUUCAACCUUGAUCAGCGUUACUGUUAAUUGCAAGAUGAAAAAUUAAAAUGAAACGUACAUAAUUUUCCCUUUAGCCUAAACUGCGCCAUUGCAGGUUUUCAACCAAUAGCACAUCUUACCCCAGAUUUUUUUUUUUGUUUGUUUCUGGCCAUAGUACAUGGCUUUCAGAGCUUUUGUCUCUCACAAGUUGAGCAAAACAAAGAAAAAUUUACAAAUCAGAAAUGUUAUUUUUGAUGUUCUAACAGUACAGUGUAACCAAAAUAACUUGAUAGACCUGCAUAAAGUCUCACAAGCAGCUGAAAUUCUCUUGAUUUCCUGCCUCCAAAGCUACAGUGUAGAACGAUAACCUCAUCACCAGGAUUAAUCCAGUUUCAUCUGAAUUAAUAAUAAUAAUAAUAAUAAAUGUAAU